AGGCUCCCCGCUCAUAUAGUUGAAGUUGAAACCACCGAACCAUCUUCUUCUUCUUCUUCUGCAUGCAGUCAGGGACAUUACUGUAAAUGGCUUUCAGUCGUCGUCGCCGGAGAGAAGAGGGAGCUGUCGAGCCAGAGAUCGUGGCCGGUCCUUGUCUUGAGGGCCGUCACUUCUUCAAGAUCAUACUCUCCGACACCCUUGAAUCCGGAAAGCUUGGAAUUCCAAAAAGUUUCUUGAGAAGAUGUGGAAAGGAUCUCUCAAACUCAGUGCUUCUCCAGGUUCCGGCCGGUUCAACCUGGACUAUAGAACUAGAAAAGCGUAACAAUGACAUGGUUUCGUUGUGGAAAGGUUGGCGGGAAUUCAUGGAGUAUUACUCCGUUGGUCAUGGUCACCUCAUAGUUUUUGAAUAUAAAGGGAACUCCACUUUUUGCGUCAUAAUAUUCAAUAAGAGUGCUUCAGAGAUAGAUUAUUCGUUGAGCAGCAGCAGAACAUCAUACCUUGGGAGGAAAUUUACCUCACCAAAAACAGAAGAUGUCGUAGAAGCAGAGGAUCUCACAUCCCAUCGAAGAAUGAGGGUCGAACCACAUUUACCUUAUCCUCAGCUAAGUCCGAUCUACUCACCACGAGGGUCCAAAGUUUUUCAUGGUCCUACACCUCUCGCUACUCCUGAAUUAGCGAACGAGUUUGAUUCGGAGCAUCCUUUCUUCAAACUGGUGAUACCUGGAUAUCAGACUAGAAAAAUGGUAAGAUCUCGAUUUUUAUCCACCACUGGCAUAUCCAAGUUCAAUUACACCUGCUUUCUAAACCAUGCCUCAGUACUGUGUAUUCCCAAGUUGAUUUGGUUUGUUACAGAUACAUAUGACAUGUUAUUUCUUGGAGUGUUUGUGGGGCAUCUAUGAUGGAGCAAUGGGAACCAGGGAAAAAGAAGAUUAAAAUAUCAUGACUGUCCAUUCACUUGAAUAUUCUCCAUAAGCUGCUCUAAACACUAUCCAAGUGAAUGGAUGGACAGUUACUUGAAUGGAAAACUGUCUGUUAAUGGACAGUCAGUUGUUGUAGAUUUUUUUGGACUGCAGAUCAAGAUUGAUGACACUUUAGAUCGCAGGUUAAGAUUGUUGAAUUUCAUGAGCCUCUCUUAAGGCUGUGAACUAAAACUCCUGAAACUAGCA